AUGCACAACCACUGGUUCCCUUCCAACCCUGCUUCCGCCUUGAAUCCAUGCUCAACCUCCUCAGUUGGCCAUCCUCCUCCUCCACCGCAGCCCCCUCCACCGCAGCCCCCUGACCCUUCCAUCUCUUCUCUGCCUCUUUCUGUUCAAGACUUCCCUCAUCUUUCUCCUCUUUCUUCUCCUCCACCUUUGACCAAUUAUAUCUCCAUUGAGAUUCCUUUGGUUCCUUCUACUACUAAUGUCGUCAUGACUCAGACUGAUGAUGUUCCCACUCCUGAUGUCGUCAUGACUCAGGUUGAAGUUCGUUGUAUUGCUGCUUCUAAUUCUACUGUUCAAAAACCUAGAUCUGAGACCACUGUAGAAGAAAGAUAUACUAUUGUCUCUCCCAAAGCCACUUCUCCUCUUAUCACUAAUCUUGCUUCGUCCUCUAGUUUACAGUUGUGUUCAGGUACCCAAACUAACAGUGUGCCUCUAGCUGCUCUUCCAACUAUCGAUACAACCAUACCCCUUCUUCAGAAACCUUCUGUCCAACAGUCUACUCCAGUCCCAGCUACAAGUCACUCUGUCCCUUUAUCUUUGGCUGAAAGAAUCCGUAGAUCUGAGGAUAAAUCUCUGCAUAAGGUUAGUAACGUCAUUAUCACUGAAUCAACAUCUGGCAGGCCGAGAGUUAAGAUUCCUGAUGCUGUGUUCAAGAAAGGUGCUGACCUUCACAAAGAGUUCAUUGUGGGCUACUUCUGUGGGAGAACACCUGCGUUUGGCUCCAUCCAGAGUGUGUUGAACCAUAUAUGGGGUAAAGGUCAACGGCUUGAAAUCCAUGUCAACUCAGUAAAUCGCUCUAUGCUAAUCCGUAUCCCUAAUAACUUCAUUAGGCUGAAGGUUCUUGAAAAGAAGAUUUGGUAUGUCGGGGACUCUAUGUUUCAUGUUGCUCAAUGGAGAGCACCUGAUAGUUCUGACUCUGAUCCUUCACAUAGCCCUCAUCGAGGAAAGCUGUCUAAGAUUCCUCUUUGGGUUCAUCUGAAAGAGCUGGAAAGAGAGAAUGGUCAUGUUGAUCUGGUCGAGGUUGAAUAUCCAUGGAUCCCUCCCACCUGUGCAAAUUGUAAAGAAAUUGGUCAUAUUCAGAGGAAUUACCAUAAACUAACUCCUAUGUGGGUUCCAAAAGGUACUUCUACUACCUCUCAAGAUUCAUCAAAAACAACUGCUCAAAGGCCAUCAAAAAAUGCUGCUCAGCCGAAUAUCAUGUCUCCCUCCCCUAUCAUAAACCAUCUUUCCUCUACGGUUGCUGAUCAGACUACAGCUCUUGGUCAAUCUGCUGAGAACGUUCUUCGAACACCUGUAAAAUGUGGAGUUCCUGCUUUGAGCUGUGUUCCCUCUUUGAUUGAGGAACUCUCUACUGUUGUUGCUAGACCCCUUCCCGACAUCACUACUAUGGUAACUGAUGAACCAUCUUCUCCUGAAUCCCCUGCUGGCUCUGAGGUCCCCUAUAUCCUUGGGCUUCCAAUUCAUUUACCUACGUUUAAAAGACCCCCUACAAAGUCCUACACCACUAAGCCACCCACCAGUCAGCUAUCAAAAUCUAAAAAACCUCCACCUUCACCUACCAUAAAGCUUUCUGCUAACCCUCCUUCUACUCCCCUAUUAUCGCCCAUUAAUCCUUUUGAUCCUCUCUCAAAUCCCCCUCUACCUCCUUUGUCCGUCCAAUCAGUCACCACUAGCCAAAUAACCCUUUCUAAUAAGUUUUCCUCCCUUGAUACUGUCCUUGUGGGUAGCUCCCUCUCUAAACGAGCUGCUUCUGUUAACCCCUAA